AUGCCUCCUCUACCAUUGUCGUUCUCGAAUCCGGGUCCUACAUGGCAAGGGGCUAGCUCCGCCUCGAAGGAUAAUUUCGUUACAGACCGGAAAGCACCUGUCGGUUGGCCCUGCAUGAUUCAGACAGAUGAAUGCGACCCAGGCGAAAUCUGUCGCCGUUACGUAAAUCGAUCACAAAAUCCAGGUGAUGAUUGGAAACUAGGCUGCUGUCGUGAUACACUUCCUGAUCUUAUGAUUUUUCUCCUACCAACCUGGAUUUCCGACCUCCACAGGAAAAAGACGUUAAUCGAACUGUGCGAAACGAAUGUCCAUGAUUGGGGAAAGUCUAUGAUCAAGAUCCAAUUGACGCCAGGAUGGGGCUUGCCCUGGCUUGAAGUUGACGUUUAUGAAUUCAAGCCGAGGAAUCCUGAAUUGUUACGGCAAUUCCAAUACUUCAAGGAUGCAAAAACGGGCCAAAACAUCCGUGUAGAAGAAUUCGCGAAACAGAUGUUCGAGUGUCUAGUCAACAUCGACCCUGCUCAGUGA